CUGGCUCCGCCCCCGCGCGCUGGCGCCGGGCGCCGAGGCGCGGAGCGGCGACUUCGCGGCUUGGCAGGGCCGCUUGGGGUCAUGGAGGCGGCGGCGGCGCGGCUGCUGCGCGGAGGCGCGCUGCUCAGACGAAGCUUCCCAACCUGCCUGUCUUCUUGGAAGACUCCUCCCCGUGUCCUAAAGUCUUCCCAGUCAGAAGCUGCCCUUGGUCUAACAAAUGCCGCGCUGCCCGGUGCCCCCCUGCAGAUGUUUACAGAUGAGGAGAUGAUGAUAAAGAACACCGUUAAAAAAUUUGCCCAAGAACGGGUUGCUCCUCUGGUGUCAACGAUGGAUGAAAAUUCAAAAAUGGAUCCAUCAAUAAUAGAAGGAUUAUUUCAACAAGGGUUGAUGGGUAUUGAAAUUGAAACAAAAUACGGAGGAACAGGAGCUUCCUUUUUUUCCUCUAUCCUCGUGAUAGAGGAAUUAGCCAAAGUCGAUGCAUCUGUCGCGUUGGUUUGUGACAUCCAGAACACAGUGAUUAACAAUCUGAUGAGAAAAUAUGGAACAGAAGAACAAAAGGCUACGUAUUUGACCAAGCUCACAACAGAAAAAGUAGGAAGUAUCUGCCUUUCAGAAGCUGGAGCAGGUAGUGAUUUAUUUGCUUUGAAGACCAGAGCUGAUAAAAAGGGAAAUUAUUAUGUCAUCAAUGGGUCGAAGAUGUGGAUCAGCAAUGCGGAGUAUGCAGGACUCUUCCUGGUGAUGGUGAACGUCAACCCUGACCUUGGGUAUAAAGGCCUUACCUGCUUCGUGGUCGAUCGUGACACUGAAGGCCUUCACAUAGGGAAAUCAGAAAAAAAAAUGGGAAUCCGAGCCUCUUCCACCUGUGCAUUAACAUUUGAAAACGUCAAGGUUCCAGAAAGCAAUAUCCUGGGACAAAUUGGACACGGCUAUAAGCAUGCCAUAGGGAUUCUUAAUGAAGGCAGAAUAGGAAUUGCUGCACAGAUGCUGGGACUGGCUCAAGGGUGCUUUGACUAUACUGUUCCAUAUAUGAAAGAAAGGAUGCAAUUUGGCAAAAGGAUAUUUGAUUUUCAGGGGCUCCAACACCAAGUGGCUCACGUGGCCACCCAGCUGGAAGCUGCAAGAUUGCUAACAUACAACACUGCUAGGCUUUUGGAAACCGGGAAGCCAAUCAUAAAAGAAGCAUCUAUGGCCAAAUACUAUGCCGCAGAGGUUGCGGGCCUCACAACUAGUAAGUGCAUCGAGUGGAUGGGAGGAGUCGGCUACACCAAAGAUUACCCUGUGGAAAAAUACUUUCGAGAUGCAAAAAUUGGCACAAUAUAUGAAGGAACUUCAAAUAUCCAGCUGAACACCAUCGCAAAGUGUGUUGACGCGGAAUACUGACCCCCUCAGGCAUGAGGCCUCUCCCCCUUGUUGCUGGUAUAAAAUUCUAAACUAUCGUGCCUUGUUGGAGAAGUAAACCUCUGCAGCACUGAAGUAUUCUGUUGAAGCCCUUUAUUCCUGAUUCUUGGGGUAGACCUUUACUCUCUUAUCUGUUUUUCCAGUCUGCAUUAAAUAGGCACAGGAAAUGAUUUUGCAAAUUUGGGAAGAAAUGCAUCCAUAUUUUCUCCAGAACUGUUUUUAAAGUUGCGUACACAUUCUAGCUUCGGGUAAGACAGAAGUUUCACUCUGUCAGCAUUUGGAAAAAUACAUUUGGAGUAUUACUUACAGGCGUGGCUAUUUUAUGUUCCUGUUACAUCUUUAUUUUUUGAAAUCAGAGAAGCUUUUGUCAUAGUUGGCAAUUCUACAGAUCAAUUCUAAGUUUCUAAACUAGGUAGAAACUGAAAAUGCAUUUAGAAGAAUCUAAAGAAAAUUGAAUUAAAAAAAUCUGAAAGUUCAAGUUCUAAAUAUCUGGAAGUAGGUGGAAAAUAAGUGUAUUGUUCUGAGGAUCACAUGAUGGAAAGCAUUAUUUUGACAAAAUAAAGCAAUAUAACUUGUUACUAUAACUGACCUGCAUAAAAGAUGCAUUUCAUGUUGAUUUCAGCAGAUCAUUUUAAAAUCAAGUCUCUCGGGGCACCUGGUUGGCUCAGUCAAUAUAGCAGCAUGUGACUUUUGAUCUCAGGGCUGUGAGCUCGAGCCCCACAUUGGGCAGGAAGCUCACUUAAAAAAAAUUACAAGCAAGUCUAUUAGUUUUCGAGCAUAAAGUUUAAAAAACUCGGUUUCAUAAUCAGAACAUAUUCAAUAUUAUAAUAUUUUAUUCUGUUAUUUUUCAACAUCAUUUCUUUCCAUAUUUGAAUUGAAUAAUGUUUCAUCAAACUUAGUUAUUGGGCCUGAUAAAGUAAUGCAGAAAUUAUGUUUUGGUUCAGUGACUCUCAAGAGGGAGAAGUCUUGGCAGCCCAGGUAGCUUAGCGGUUUAGCGCCACCUUAAGCCCAGGGCAUGACCUGGGAUCGAGUCCCACGUCAGGCUCCCUGCAUGGAGCCUGCUUCUCCCUCUGCCUGUGUCUCUGCCUCUCUCUCUCUCUCUCUGUGUCUCUCAUGAAUAAAUAAAUAAAAAUUAAAAGAGAGAGAAGUCUUGUUCCUAUAAAGAAGUAUAUCAAAAUCUUAAAAGGAAUGAGAGAGAGACAGGGCCUAUAGAGUUUGAAAAAGCAUAUUCUGUGGUGUAAAAAAUAAUAGAGAAAUUAUUUUAUACCUAGGAAGGCAAAAAUAAAUCUAUUGUCUCACAGUACAAAUUAUAGAAAGGCAAAGCUCAACAAAACAUAUAGUAGGUGAUGCCAUUUCUUCGGUAUUGGGGAUUCUCAAUGAGGAGAGGACCCUGGCCCUCCCACCCAGGGAAGUGGACAAGAGAGUGGUUAGAGUUUUAUAUUUUCUGAAAAAGUGUCAUGAGUUAGAGAUGUUCAAAAAUGUUUCAAGGUUCAGUGCAAAUGGGAAGCAUUUUAGUACGUAAAUGAAAGGAUCAUGUUUAUUAAGAAAACUUGACAUUUUAAAAGUAGUUUUGGUUUGAACAUUGAUGUUUCUUGAAUUGGCUUAAUUUCUAUAACACAAAUCACAGUUAAAUAUUCAGAAUUGGUAAAUACAAAGAGCUAGGAUUACUUUAAAAUAUCAGGAAGAAAUAAAGACAGAUUUAGACCUUGGAUCAAAAGAGAUAAAGUCUACUUGACUUUCAAAUAGGGAGAUGAUAGAAACUCAUUCAUUCAGUCUUUCCAAACAAAAAGACAGUGUGAUUAGAUAAGGAAAGUAGGGGAGGGGCACCUGAGUGGCUCAGUUAAGUGUCUGCCUUCAGCUCAGGUCAUGAUUCUGGGGUCCUGGGAUGGAGUCCGCAUCAGGCUCUCGUCUCCCCCCAGCUUAUGCAUGCUCUUUCUCUCUCCCCACCUCGAAUGAAUGAUGAAUAUUUAAAUAAGGAAAGUAGGGGAGUAGACGAAUUUCCCUAAAAUGGAGCUGAACAUCUUUAAUGUCUGUGAUUAUAUAAAAAAGAGGUGGGCUUUACAAGUAAUGCAGUAGAAGCCAACAUUAGUAAGAAAAAAUCCCAGCUGGUUCCUGUGGAAUUAUAAACAUGUGAAACUAGAAUAAACCUUGUGUUCAAAUUAGUAGCAUCGGAGAAACUCCUGUGUGUAUCCAGACCUUGAAUGUAUAUUCAGUAUUGAUAAAAAUCUAAUGGUGUGUAUAUAUUGGUGCAUGUUCACAAAAGCCAGUUAAAAAAUUAAUUAUAUGUUAUAGUUAAUGUAUCUACCUACUAUUAAUGAAUCAUCAUUAUUUUACCUUUUGCCAAAGAGGAUGUUGUGGGGUUUUCCUUUUUUAUUUUUUUUUUAAGUAGGUUCUGUGGCUAGCAUGAUCAAGACCUGAGCUGAGAUCAAGAGUUUAGACCCUUGGGGCACUCUUGUGUCUCAGUCAGUUGAGUGUCUGACUUUUAAUUUCAGCUCAGGUCGCGGUCUCAGUGUCACAAGAUCAGGCCCCAUGUGGGGGGCUCCACUCUCAGCAGGGAACCUACCUGAGAUUCUCUUUAUCUGCCCCUCCCCCUGCUCACUCUCUCUCAGAUAAAUAAACCUUAAAAAAAAAAAAAAAAAAGAGUUGGUUAACCAACUGAGCCACCCACACACCCAACCCUUAUAUCUUUUCUUAAUAAGCAUGACUUUGGGGUCUUUAAAACUGUCUGCUGAAUUAGUGUCUAGUGCAGGAUGAGCUUGUUCACCUCCUGAAGACUGUCAUUUUUCCUUGUUAAUUUGAGGAUCAGGCCUCCGUGAUUCUUGGUGAACCCAAACACCAAGGAAACGCUUGGCUGUCUUUGUGUGGACGGAGCUGGAUUCAGCCCAAGAGCCAAGUCAGGAUUGUUAGAGAUUUAUUAUACAACACGAAAAUGAAUCAGUGUCAGAAAUUUUAGAAUCAUGGAAAGUUAAACCUAGAAAGACCUUAAAGAAUUAUCCAGCCAACUCUCAUUUUAAAAGUGAAGGAUUCAUAGCCUAGAAUAUUUGACCACGGUCGUCUACCAGGGACAAAACAAGGCAAGAAUCUAAAUGUACGGGAUCCCAAUUCAGUGCUCUUCCUCCUACUUGACAUCAUCUCUGUUCAACAGAUUUUUGGAUUUCAUUCUUGUUAUAUUUCAGUAUCCUUGUAGAUUUAUUUUAGGCUUAACUGACAAAGAGUUAACAUUUCAAAAGUGUCGUGAUUGACCACUGUCAUUGCUUAUAUAUUUAUCCCCUGACAAAGACACUAGCUCUCAUAGGUUAAAGCUGGCAUGUCAGAUGUGAAGAUUUCCGUGUAUGAUUGGGGUUUUUGAUUAUGACAUAUGUUAAUAAAUGUACUAGUUUAUAUCCUU